GAUAUGAUUGUGUAAAAUGACUGUCUUGGGGGAAGGCUUUGAUUACACUUCCAGAGAUUGGGAAAGUUACUUUAAGGACCUAUCAACUCCAGAUUUUCUGGGGCAGUAUACUCAUUUGGGAGUUAUAGUCCCCCCCAAAAUAAAACUUCCACACUCAGAACAGUUGUGGUUGAUUAGAUUAUGUAUCUGCACAUGUGAAUCAGCGCUACAACACAGCAGAGCAGACUGGGAUAGGUUAGGAAAGUGAGGCUGUUGAGGAGCAAUCCUUAAUGAGGUUGUGACCUUGCAAAGUUCCUUGGAAACCUGCAAACUAGUUAGUGUUGUUGAGUGCAUGUUGGAGUGUUGUAUAUGCUUAAGGAAAAAUAUGCCAAAUAUUGAAAAGUGUGAGGUCAAUCAACUAACAGGAAGUCCUUGAAUUAGACAGACGUCUCUUGUCUUGGAAGGCUUUCAAGAUAACGUUUGUGCCAUUGUAUUUAAUCUAUGUUAGCACUUAUCUCCUUCCUUCCUGAAACAAAGGCAUCUUGAGUGUAUCAUAUGUGUUUCUGUAAGACAGCUUUACUGUAUUUGAUUAACUGUAGAGAUGCCUAAGUGUAAUUCUGUGUUCCCAGGCCCAAAGAAAGGCAUAGCUUCUCAGGGCCUUUCCACUUGUUCUGCCCAAUCAAUGACACAAAUGCAGCUGUAUAAAAUAUCGUUUAAUUGGAUAAACAAACCUCUAAAGCAAAUGGGCGCUUGUGAACCUUCAGAUCUUUUUGGACUGCAUCUCCAUUAAUCUCUUACUACUGACUGUGCUACUUGAAACUAAAGGGAAUUGUAGGCCAGAAAAAACCACCUAAAAGUCCACAUGUUUUCCACUUCUACCUUAAAGACAUACAGGAGGCCAUUUCACAUAGAACCUACAAAUAUUGUUAAUGUGAAUGAUGACAUGCAGAGGGUUACAGCAGAAGCUUCGGCAAUGAAUAAACGGAUACACUACUACAGUAGGCUUUCUUCACCUUCAGACAGAGCACUGGUGGCUCCUGAUCACGUACUUCCUGCUGCAGAAGAAAUCUAUGUAUAUAGUCCAUUGGGAACGGCUUUCAAAGUAGAUAGCUGUGCUGAUGGCUCUGGCAAAAACUCCAGCCUAGUAACAAUAUUUAUGAUCUGGAAUACCAUGAUGGGUACAUCAAUAUUAAGUAUUCCCUGGGGAAUUAAGCAGGCAGGGUUUACCACUGGAAUCAUUAUUAUUCUGCUCAUGGGCAUAUUGACGCUUUACUGCUGCUACAGAGUUGUGAAAUCAAGGACAAUGAUACCUUCAAUAGAUACCUCAACUUGGGAAUUCCCAGAUGUUUGCAAGUAUUAUUUUGGAUCUUUUGGACAAUGGUCUAGUCUUUUAUUUUCACUGGUGUCUCUUAUUGGAGCCAUGGUGGUUUACUGGGUGCUCAUGUCCAAUUUCCUUUUCAACACAGGAAAGUUUAUUUAUAAUUAUGUUCAUGAUAUUAACAUAACAGACAUUGUUCCUGGAACAAAUGGGAGCAAUCGAGUAAUAUGUCCAAAUGAUGGUGGCCAGGAAAUUCCAGGAAACAGAACGUCUCUCUUUCUUUCUACCGGUGACGCAGGAUUUGAAGAAUUUGAAGAGUGGUGGAGCAAAUCAAAAACAGUCCCAUUUUACCUGAUUAUCAUUCUUCUAUUAUUGAAUUUUAAGUCUCCGUCUUUCUUUGCCAAAUUUAACAUCUUAGGUACUGUUUCAGUUGUUUACCUCGUCAUCCUUGUUACAGUAAAGGCAGCACACUUGGGAUUUCAUUUAGAAUUUGACUGGUCUCAAACAAGUGAAUAUUUUGUGCCAGAAUUCAGACUUAAAUUUCCUCAGCUUACAGGGGUGCUGACCCUGGCCUUCUUUAUUCAUAAUUGUAUCAUUACGUUGCUUAAGAAUAACAAGAACCAGGAGAACAAUGUCAGAGAUCUCUCCAUUGCUUAUUUUCUGGUGGGCAUAACAUAUCUGUAUGUCGGGGUGCUAAUUUUUGCUGCUUUUCCAUCUCCACCAUUGAGCAAAGAGUGCAUAGAACAGAAUUUUUUAGACAAUUUCCCCAGCAAUGACAUCAUGUCGUUUCUUGCAAGAAUAUUCCUGCUGUUCCAGAUGAUUACUGUGUAUCCACUGCUGGGCUAUUUGGCACGGGUACAGCUUUUAGGACAUAUCUUUGGAAAUGUUUACCCAAGCUUUUUACAUGUGUUCAUAUUGAACCUAGCCAUAGUAGGAGUUGGCAUUGUGAUGGCCAGAUUCUAUCCAAAUAUCGGAGGAAUCAUAAGAUAUUCUGGAGCAACUUGUGGCUUGGCAUUUGUGUUUGUGUAUCCUUCACUCAUCUACAUUAUCUCUUUGCAUCGAGAAGGUCGGCUGACAUGGUUGGGACUAUCUAUUCACAUUUUUAUAAUCCUCUUAGGAGUGGCUAACCUGGUUGCACAGUUUCUAAUGUGAAUAAAUCUUGCCUUGCAAGAGGUACUGGAGUUGCAAAAGACUACAUUGAGCAACUGUACUUGUAAAGCUGUUGUUUGCCCAUCCAUUGAUGUUAAUUUGUCCCAAAGAAUGCCUACAUUUUAAAACAACUGUUAACAGACUUUUAAAAAAUGGAUGAUGUCGAAAGGAACAUGGUACACCAUGGCAAACAGAACAAGCAAAAUUAGGAGUAAUAAUUCUUUCUUAAAAUGAUUGUCAUGUGGAAAAGACCACCUAAGAAUUUUUUUUAAUACAUAGAGAAGUUCGGUUUAAGGUCAGUAGUAAGCUGUAUGACUUUUUUGUAGCAUAAAUUAAGAGAGUUUAUUGAUUUUAUGUUUCUACAUGGGUUUUAGAAUACACUCUAGUGGUAUGAAGCUAUAUAUUGAAAGAGGUAUAUUUACAGUUGAAAUGUAACACAGAUUAAAUCACAGUACUUUAGUAAUUUUUAAAAAUUUCUUCUGCCAUGACUCAGAAAAUGUAAUUACAUGUAUUUUACUAAAAAUCUUACUUAUUUUUUUGAUGGGAUGCUGGUAAGGGAUGGUGUAAGAAUAUUUCACCCACCCUACUUGUAUGGCAUGUGAAAAAUGCAGAAAUUACCUGAGAAACAAUAUUUUUGUGUCUUGCAUGGCAAUUUGAAAUAACAAAACACUAGAUUUUAAAUGUCCAUAUUUAAAAAGGAAAAAUUCCCAUAUUGAAUGGCAAUUGCCCGUUACUUCUAGCAAAUGUAGCUAUGGAACAAUUCAUACAUGUGGAGGCACAAUUAAAAGUAUUGCUGUGGUUUUUCAAGUCUGAGCUGAGCAAUAAAUUCUAUACUUAUUUUAUGCCACAAUAAGAGUUUGCCUCUGUACUAGUAUAGCAGUCAUUCAACCUUUUAUGCACUCCAACAAGGAAAAAAGGGAAAAAUAAACGAAUUAAAAUGUAAAUGCAAUGUCUUAUCUUCAAGAAGACUAUGAAGCAGGUUCCCAUUUUGGUGAUAUUACGAAACAGCAGGGAUGAGGUUGAUUAUGCAGCAGGAGCAUUGUGAAUGACAUCUAACCAGCUCAAAGGUUUCAGCCUAUUUAAUACUAUCCAUGUGCACUCAAAGGAAAUCAGUUUAAAGAGCGAUUACGCCCUACACCCCACAAUAAAAACACACCCUACAUCCCUAGAAUUGCUGCCACUGGGCGAAGACUGUGCAGUUAAGGUUGAGCAUAGAGGCAGCAUGUUGACUCUCCUUACAUCACAACCCACAAGGCAGUGCCAGUAUAUGCCCUUACCCUGCCAUCAUGAGGAACUUGUGGCAUAGAACACAUUGUUGUAAGAGAUGAGAAAAGGCCUUCACUGGCAUUGCUGGCAAAGUAAAACUGAAUGCAAAUUCUAGGUCGGAGGCAUGGGGACCGCACACAAAUAGAAGGGGGUGUCCCCAAAUAAUAGGAAGGGGAAAGAUCCUGAGUAUAUGUAAAUGAAGCAAGAACAUUUCAUAGACCAACAGUUUGAGCUGUUCAUGGGCCAUCCAGUUCUGUUGUCCUUUCCCCACCAACCAAUCCACCCCCUCCCACAUUUCUGCAUAGGCCAACCAUACUGUGUGGCAUAUCAGCAAACUUAGUAUCCCACCACCACUUCUCAUUCUCUCUCUGUCCUUCAAACUCAACUGACUCAUACAUCCUAGCAGCCCCUCUACACACACUGAGAAACCUUCCUCUUCACAGUCCAAGGGAGACAGAGAGGAAAGGUCACCGGUUUUAAGCCCCUCAUGUCCAUACAUCUCGAUUCUGGUCCUUGUAUUUCCAUCCCAACUGCAGCUGAAUCCAAGGUGAAUUCCUAUUUCCAAAACUAUCUUUCUGCAAUAGUGGUAGACAAACGUGUGCUGCCUCUCAGCUGUUUUGGAUUACCAAAUUGCCCCAUCUCUGAUCAAACUAACAAGAUGCUUGGGGUUUAUGCAAAUUAUGAUCUGAAGUGAGCCAGGUUGCCAACCCUUUCCAUGCAGAAUGACUGGUUCUUUGAUAGAGCAUGGCUGGGAGUGGCAACUUGACAUUUUAACCUGGGAAGCCAAGGAAGAGGAUCUACUGGUCUUGCUCAAACUCCUUGCCGCACUGGAAUAGUUGGUUGUGAUCACAUAUCUGCCAGAAAUUGUGAUGGCUACUUGCAGAAACUGCUUCAAUGAGAGACUAAUGAAAUUCAUGGAGGAGAAGAAAUCUAUCAAAUGCUAUGGGUGGCUAGACACCACAUUCAGGGAUAGUCUACGGCUUGAUUAAAACCCAUUUGGGAGAAAAAGUUAGAGGACAAUUCAUGGUUGUUUGGUCUGAUCCAAUAACCCUAUUAUUUCAAUGACAUGACAGAAACAAGUAAGAGAGAAAGCUUUCUGCAACUCAGUUCCCUCUCACGUCAGCCAAACAGCCCAUAAGGAUGCCAGGCUCAUAUUGAAUACCACUAAGAGGCCCAGCAUAACCAACAGUAAGCCUUAUAGAAUCAUGCAGUUGGAAGGGGUUUUAUAGGACUUUGCGUCCAAUUCCCAGUCAGUGCAGGGACUCCAGCAGGUAGCUGCCCAACCACUUCUUUGAAUGAGACCUUCCUAAGUAAAUGGUUUCAUUGUUUGAACCACUCUUUUGGUUAAGAAGUUUCUUCUAAUGUCAAGGUGAAAUCUGUCGUCCUUUAAUUUCAGACUAGUAGCCCUGGUCCUACUAAGCAACAGAGAACAUGCCUGUCUCCUCUCUGUGACACCCCUUGAGGUAUUUAGAAAAUGCAAUCAUGCCAUCCCUCUGUCUUUUCAUCAAGCUGAACAGGUCUUCAGCCUCUCCUCAUGUUUUGCUUUCCAUACCUCAUCUCCAUUGCCCUUUUCUGAAUUUGCUCCAACUAGUCUAUAGCCAUUUUAAGAUUAAGCACCUGGAACUGAAUGCAGUACUCCAGUUGAGGCCUUACAGUGUAGAACAUACUGAGACUAUUACUUCCCUUAAUUUAAAACUAUACUUCUGGUAUUGUAGACUAAUAUAGCAAUCACAUUUUCUUCUCUCUCUUUUUUUUUUUUUGGCUGGCUCAUGUUCAAUUUAUGAUAUACAGUAAUACCAGGGUCCUUUUCAUGUUAUACUGCUAAAACAUGUAUCCCUUGUCUAGUGUAGGCCAACCACCAAGGCAACCAAAGCCAUCUCUGUCCAAUAAACUGAACACAGAUUGGAAUGAAUUCAUACAAUCUCCUCAGUCCAAUAAAGCCUGGAGCUGUGAUAUACUUUAUAUAUAAAGGACUCUGCUGGGCAGAUACCGCCUUGUUUGUUUCAAUGAAAUUUACACUGCUAUAACAUUCUGUAAAUCAGUAUACUAGACUGAAUAUUAAUAUGAUGUAUUUUCAUCAUAUGAGUUGAACUUUGAAAAGAGUGUGUCCCAUUGUUGAACACGUGUUGCAACUUGAUAGCAUUCUUGGACACCUAGCCAUGGGUUCCUUCCUGUGUAAUUUCUCAAUCUGGAUCUUUCCCAAGAUUGGGAAACUGAUUCUGUCACUCUCCUGCUCCCUAUCUGGAUUGUCUAUUUAAAAACUGUUCUCAACUGACACUGGUGCCAGAAGCUGCCAGAGUUGUAAGCAACAUGUCUUAACCCACUCUCACUGCUACUAUGCACAUAGCAGAAGUAAAGCAUUGCACUAAAAUUCCCUUGUUUAGAUAUUGACACCAUCCUGAGGGACUAGUUACUGCAACAUGGGGCUUAAACAAGCAGCUGCCUUCUUUUCUGGUUACCAUGGAGCUUUUAAACCAAAGCAGGGGUUAAUUAGUGAGAUUAGUGUCUGCUCUUGUGUAAUUGACUAAUCUAGGAUUCCCAUGCAGUGCCAGCCAUUGGAGACAAGCUGUCUAGUGCCACUGGCAUUUGCUUCCUUGGGUUGGCUUUGGUGUUUCUUUGUAAAAUGUAGCUUUUUAUAAAACAUGAAAUGAGAAUGUGGAAAAGAAAACUGUAAAGAAGAAGAGAAAAACAAAUACUGGUGCUAUUUUAAUGUUUUAAAACUGUACUUUUAUCUUGCACUUGCAAUAUGGUUUAGAUUUUUGACACUUCAAAGUGAAAGAUGCAUAAACUCUAGCCUUUGCCACACUGCCAUUUAUUUAGAAAUGUGCAUGACAAGGGCAUUGAUAGCUGGCUCAUCCCUUGUAUUUUGCAACUGUUGGAAUCUAUAUUUUUAUAUGUAUUUUAAGAAGCUUCGUUUAGUAAGCAAUGGAACCUGAUCAGUCUUGUCUGUGUGAAUACCAUUGGCAAGUUCUAGUUAAACACUAUGAGAUGCUACAUGUUUUAGAAUUUGCUCUUCAUCUUUUUACGUAGGUUAGUAGCUACAUUCUUGUUUUAUAAAGUUUUUUAUGAUGAAAUGUUAUCUUGAUAACAAUGUGAAAUAAAAUACAUAACCCAGAAAA